AUGCGCGCCCACAAAGCCCUAGAAAGCGACGAUGCAAAGGAAGCGCAAUGGGAAGCCGCGCGCGGUGCUGCCGUCGGGGCCGUGAAAUGGGGCGCUGCAUCUGCCGUUCUAGGCGGUAUCGGCUAUGUUUUCUCACCAUUAUAUCGCGGACUCACCGUCCAGUUCAAAGUAUAUCUCCAAAUGUCCGGUAUGAUCGUCGGCAGCAUGAUCGAAGCCGACUAUCGCAUGAGGCAGUACGAGCAGCGCAUACGCAUGCAGCGAAGGAUAGCUCAGAACCGUGCCAUCUGGGUCGACUACGAGAAGGAGCUGAUGGAAUUGGAGGAUGAAGGAGCUUCCUCUCAGCAGAAUAAGAAGUGA